AUGUCGAUUACGAGUAAUAUGGAGUCUGAUACAAUAAUAGCUGAUUUUAGGUUCUCGUCCGUGGAAGGUUCGAUAACUGAGAUCAUCGAUAGUCCAAAUCUCGGAGCUGGUGUUAGUACUAGUACUAGUUCAAGUACAAGUCCAAAUACAAGUACAAGUAAUUCAAAUACUCCAGCACCAAUAUCAAAACCAAAGAGAUCAAGAAAUGGUUGUCUGAGUUGUAAAAGGCUUCGAAUAAAAUGCGAUGAAACAAAGCCCCAAUGUGAAUAUUGUCUGCAUACUAAUCGUGAAUGUAUAUAUCCUACUAAAGAAAAUGUCAAACGGAAAAAGCAGCGUCAAAUGAUACGAAAUGCUACUGGAGUCAGCAUUGAUAGUCUAGAAGAUUUAUUGAGGCGAGCAGAGAAAUAUCAUUUUGUUGAGAAAGACCGUCGUGAAUUUUUUAAGUUCCAAAAUCAAUUAGUCUUAAGUCAAGCUACAAGUCAAUUAGGAAUAUCACGAUUUGAACUCCGCCUACUUAAUUUUUUUAAUAAUUAUUGUGUAUACCUAUUUUCAUUUGGAGUCAAUCGACAAGUCCAUAAUGUGUGGGCUAAUCAUGUCCCAAAAUUAUUUUUAGAAAGUGAAUUGGUUAGAAAUAGUGUUUAUGCAUUUGCUACUAUCAAUCUAUUCCCGCUUUGUGAAUUGGAACAAUUGAGAAUUCUGGAUAAACUUUUUGAGGAUGAUUUGAAUUCCUUUCAAGACAUGUCCAUUCAUGAUCAAGUUAAAAGUGCAGAUCACAAUUUUGGUAAUUUUGCUUACAAGGAACAUUCCUUAACACUGACAGAUGGGAAUAAUUUAUUUAUUAGGGCAGCUAAUUACUUUACAAAUUCAAUUGCAGGGAAAAACUCACUACUUUCAGAUGAAUCAACAGAGUAUUAUGGACCCUAUGUGCUAGAUCCGAAAAGGUCAAAAGAGUUGCUAAUUUCAUCGAUCUUAAUCUUUUCGUUCCUUGGGGUUCAUCCUCAUAAAUUGAUUCCGUUAGUAAGUUUCAAUGAUCAAGAAUCAGAUUUCCUUUCGAUUUGUAAAGGAAUUCGCCUAACUAUUAUUUCAGUAUCACCUACUAUUAGGGAAAGUGAGUUCAACGGAUUAUUCCAUUUCGAAAAUAAACUGAAGGCACCCCCUUUAAAAGAAUCAAUGUACCCUGUAAUAGUGGCACUUAGGAAUGAUCUUGAAACUGAAUUUCAACAACGGGAACUAGAUUCUAGAUCGGCUGCAGCUCAUGAAGUUUAUGAAGAGUGUAUUGGAAUACUUCAUGAUUGUUUCUAUAGAGCAAUUUUAAUGGACUACCCAAUUCCUAUAUUCAGGUGGAUCUUGCUUCUUCCAAUAGAGUUCCAUGAUUAUGUUUACGAGAAGGAUUAUUUUGCCCUUUACCUUUUAUACGUAUUUUCCAGCCUUAGCACAAUAAUGCAUUUUCAAUUGUUCGAGGAUAAGAAUAUGUGGAUUGAUUAUAUAAAAUGGUUCAAGACUUACAAUGAGAAUUUAGAAAGAGAAGGGCAAACAGAAUUAAUGUCCCUAUUUACUUCUACAUUUAAUUCUUCGAUUUCUCCAUGGAGGUAUUCUCUUGGAGCAAGCUUUUAUCAGCUAGUAACUGUUAAGAAGUUUGCUUUCGUUAAUACUCCUUAUACACACCUUGCAGAUUUUGAUCCUGAUUUCUUAGCAGAGGCUUUGUGA